GAUUCUAAGGGGGAACUGGACGUCAUGCUUCUUGUCCCUCGCUGGAGGAAGACUUCACCUGUCCCGGGUUGGACUUGAGCUGGGGUCCUGGGCCUGCAUCAUCCAUCUCCCUCCCCACUCCACCCCCACCCCCACAUCUUGGUACUUACUUGGGCUCCCCCCCCCCCCAAGCCGGCAACAUGGAUAAAUACGAAGACCUGGGACUUGAGGCUAGUAAAUUCAUAGAGUACCUGAACAUGUACGAGGCCUCCAGAGACGGACUCUUCCGGGUGGACAAAGGUGCCGGCAACAACCCGGAAUUCGAGGAGACUCGCAGGGUGUUUGCCACCAAGAUGGCUAAGAUUCACCUCCAGCAGCAGCAACAACUCCUGCUGGACGAGACCCUGCCGCGAGCCGGCCGAGGCCCCAGCAAUGGUGGCGCCCGUCUGGGCCCCGCACAGGCCCAUCGUGGUGACCCAGCUGUCGGGGGCAAAGUGGCUAUGGACGGAGCCUCCAAGCCCCCUCUUGCUGCCUCCACGGCGACACUUGGGGUACCCACCACGGCCACCGGGCAGUCUGCUUAUCCGUGCCAGGAACAGAGGGCCAGGCCCUAUGUCCAAACCACCAGGCCGGCCAGCCAGGAGUGUGAUUCUCACCAGCCACGACCCUGCCACGACCCUUCCUGUCUCACUCACGGCGACUAUUACGACAACCUGCCUUCCCCAAGCCCCAAGUGGGAUGACAAAGCAGCAGGAGCGUCCCCCAGCGUGGGCCUGGGGAUGGGAAGCGGAUGGUCUGAUUCCCCACGGGGGGACCCCCCAGGACCCAGACCCACCGGGGACCACCUCUGCCAGCACCAGCCUCCGCCCUCCCUGAUGAGCGGCCUCAGUGGUCAGGAUGGGGGCAGUGGUGGUCGCCACGGUGAAAAGCCAGCAGGCCUUUGGGCCACUGCCUCCUCUCAGAAGGUGAACCCCACGCCCCCCCACCCAGGUUUGGAGAAUGGGGCGGCUACAGCUCAGCCCAGGAGCGCCUCCCUUUCGGUAUCCAUGGCCCCCAGCUGUCCGAGUCAAGGAACCCUUCUGAGAACCAACUCGGGGCCAGCCUGUGAUGUUUCGGGCCCCGAAUCCAAAUCCACCUUGGACCCUCAGACCUGGUUUCGAGAUCGGCCCCAAUCUUACCUUUCCAACUCGGCGCCGUUGACGGUGCCAGCCAGCCCGAAGAGCUCCCAGCCAGAUGUGGUCCUUGGGCUGGGUCCAGAUGCAGGCACUACUCCUAAACUCAGUUCCACAACUGUCCAUCCAGUGACGUCCACACAGCCUGAGUUUGCUCAUAAAGAGAGUCCUUCGGGCUGGUCCCCGGAGGGUCAUCGUCUAGGAUCUGUCCUCUCGGAGAGUUCCAGCCCUCCCCGGGUGAGAUUGCCCUUCCAGACCCUCGUCUCCGGCCCGGAGCUUGGCCCUUCUGCUGUCGAAUUGAAGUUAGACGUCCUCACUCAGCGUCUAGAGCGAGAGAUGGAUGCUUACCCAAAGGCUGAUUAUUUUGGAACCUGUGUGAAAUGCAGCAAAGGAGUGUUUGGGGCUGGCCAGGCCUGCCAGGCCAUGGGGAAUCUCUACCACGAUGCCUGCUUCACCUGCGCUUCGUGCAGCCGGAAGCUGAGAGGAAAAGCCUUCUAUUUUGUGAAUGGCAAGGUGUUUUGUGAGGAAGACUUCCUGUACUCCGGCUUUCAGCAGUCUGCUGACAAGUGCUUCUUUUGUGGUCAUCCGAUUAUGGAGAUGAUCCUGCAGGCCCUGGGGAAGUCUUACCACCCCGGCUGUUUCCGGUGCGUCAUCUGUGACCAGUGUUUGGAUGGAGUUCCCUUCACCGUGGACUCCGAGAACAAGAUUUAUUGCGUCCGAGAUUAUCACAUGGUGUUGGCCCCCAAGUGUGCAGCCUGUGGGCUCCCCAUCCUUCCUCCUGAGGGCUCAGAUGAGACUGUCCGCGUGGUGUCCAUGGACCGAGACUACCACGUGGAGUGCUACCACUGCGAGGACUGUCGUCUGGAGCUCAGUGACGAAGACGGGCACCGCUGCUACCCCCUGGAAGAUCACCUGUUCUGCCACUCGUGCCACGUCAAGAGGCUGGAAAAGGGCCCCUUGUCCGCACCCCUCCACCAGCACCACUUCUAGCCAGAGCCAUUUGCCGACUCUAGGUCAGGGCUGUACCCGGGGUAGAAAAUGGGGGUGAAGGAAGAGGGGGGGGGUCGGGCAGGCAAGCCCCACACGGAGGGAGGGGUGCCUUGUCAUUUAGCCAGGGAGUUGGGCAUUGCCUGUCCUGGUACGUGUAUUUUUCCAAGUGCUUUUUCUCCAUUGCCACACCCUCAGUCAGGUGACUCAGGUAGACUCUGAAGUACUUGUGUGUGUGUGUGAGAGACCUCUGACCUACGAUUGCACCCCACUGGGCACCUCUGGGAGCAGUUUACAACCCCCUCCCCCACCCCCCCCACCCCCCCC